GGCUGCGACGGUGCUGCCUCAGCUGGAUUUUCUCGUUGUCGCCCAGCCGUCCGAAAAAUGGCUGCCAGUGUUUUACACGCUGUUCUCCGGAAAUCGGCGACUAAUUUGCCGACUGGGGGCAAACUUUUGCUACAAAACGGAGGUUCCCUAUAUGUAGCCAACAAACAGCAGACUCGCGGUGCCAAGAAAUGGUUCCCUGACCUCGAGUUUGUCAAGCAGUAUGAGGGUGCUGUUAUGUAUCCUGAUGAGGUCACCUCCAAGUGGAAGCUGGUGCCGUACAACCUGGCCAAACCUAAUAUCGAGAAAAAGGUUAAGAACAUCACCCUGAACUUUGGUCCUCAGCACCCUGCUGCUCACGGAGUGCUUCGUCUAGUAUUGGAGCUGGACGGAGAGACCGUCUUGAGAGCGGACCCACACAUUGGUCUCUUGCACCGUGGCACCGAGAAGUUGAUUGAGUAUAAGACCUACACUCAAGCCUUGCCUUAUUUCGACCGACUCGACUACGUGUCCAUGAUGUGCAACGAGCAGUGCUACUCUCUGGCUGUGGAAAAGCUGCUGAACAUCGACAUUCCUCUCAGGGCCAAGUACAUCAGAACUCUGUUUGCUGAGAUUACCAGGAUUCUCAACCACAUCAUGGCCAUUGGCACGCAUGCUCUUGAUAUUGGUGCUCUCACACCUUUCUUCUGGCUUUUCGAGGAGCGCGAGAAAAUGAUGGAGUUCUACGAAAGGGUGUCUGGAGCUCGUAUGCAUGCUGCCUACAUCAGACCAGGUGGAGUCAACCAGGAUAUGCCCCUUGGCUUGAUGGACGACAUUUACGAGUUCGCAAGCAAAUUCUCCGAACGCAUUGACGAAGUUGAGGAUGUGUUGACCACCAACAGAAUUUGGGUGCAGCGUACCAGGGACAUAGGCAUUGUUUCUGCUGAAGAUGCUUUGAACUAUGGUUUCAGUGGUGUGAUGCUGCGUGGUUCUGGAAUCAAGUGGGAUUUGCGAAAGUCGCAGCCCUAUGACGCUUAUGACAAAGUUGAUUUUGAAGUACCAAUUGGAACAAAGGGUGACUGCUACGACAGAUAUUUGAUUCGUGCUGAGGAAAUGAGACAGUCAUUGAGGAUUAUUGAGCAGUGCUUGAACCAAAUGCCAGCAGGCGACAUUCGAACUGACGAUGCUAAGGUCUGUCCACCGACCAGAUCAGAAAUGAAGACCUCAAUGGAAGCACUCAUUCAUCACUUCAAGCUGUACACUCAAGGCUACUCUGUUCCUCCUGGUGCCACCUACACUGCUAUUGAAGCGCCUAAGGGAGAGUUUGGUGUUUAUCUCAUCUCUGAUGGCAGCUCAAAGCCUUACAGAUGCAAGAUUAAGGCACCUGGAUUCGCCCACUUGGCUGCCACCGAUAAAAUUGGCAAGAACCACAUGUUGGCGGACAUUGUAGCAAUCAUUGGUACAUUGGAUGUUGUGUUUGGAGAAAUCGAUCGCUGAGUGAUGCCAGUAACAAUUAGGGACUUUAACAGCUUUCAGAAGAUACUACAUCUGCUUCUGUUUAUAAAAAUUUAAUGUAAAUAAAUUGUUAAUCUAUGGUCUCCAUGGAUUAUUACGUUAAAACUUAAAA